AUGCGUUACCCUAUGCUUCGUUAAAAUUCCAACGAAUUUCAAUCCCAAUUAUUCUUUCUGUUCGGCGUCGUUGCUGCGUGCUUUACUUGUGGAAAGAGGGUGCCGUUUUGCGAUUUAAAAGGACUAGGACUCGGAAUUCAUUAAACAAUGGACGCUCCACCAGAAGGUAAUAUCGACACAGAGUCUUGCAAUGAACUUGAAGAUGAAAAAUCCACUUCCGACUGUCAUGCCCUACCAGCAUACAUGACGUCGGUAGUGCGGCGACAAUUCUUGCAAGAAAUGAUAAGGAAAUUGCCGGAAAAUGUGCAGAAUAGGAUUGUAGCACUGAAAAACUUGCAGUUGGAACACUUGGAAAUAGAGGCCAAGUUUUUUAAUGAAGUCUACAAUCUGGAGAAAGCUUAUCAACAAAAAUACAUACCUUUGUUCACUAAGCGUACCGAAAUAAUUACUGGCGCUGUGGAUCCACCAAAAGAAGAGCCCAAAUGGAAGGAACCUGCUGAUGUUCCCUCUGUGACUGCCGAAGGGGAAGCUGCGGAAGAUAUUACUGAAGCUCUCAAAAAUAUCAAAAAUAAUAUUCCCCAAGACGCCAAGGGCAUACCGGAUUUCUGGUUAACAGUGUUUCGUAAUACGGUUAUUUUAUCAGAAAUGGUGCAGGAUCAUGAUGAACCAGUUUUGCGGAAGCUGACCGACAUAACAAUAAAAUAUGAUGAUGAACAUUCGUAUUUUCUGGAGUUCCAUUUUGAUAAAAAUGAAUAUUUUUCGAACCCAGUUCUUACAAAGCAGUACUUCUUAAAGGCGACCGUCGAUCCAGAUGACCCUUUUGCUUUUGAAGGGCCUGAAAUUUACAAAUGCAAGGGUUGCGUUAUCAAUUGGGAGAAAAAAAUGAACUUGACUGUCAAGACUAUUAGAAAGAAACAGAAGCAUAAGGAACGCGGCGCUGUGCGCACCAUCGUCAAGCAAGUUCCAACAGACUCUUUCUUUAAUUUCUUCAACCCUCCGGAGAUUCCAACUGAUAAAAAAGAAGAGGUUGAUGAGGAAUCUCAACAAAUUUUAGCAACAGAUUUCGAAAUAGGACAUUUCUUGCGCGCUAGAAUUAUUCCGAAAGCUAUACUCUAUUACACCGGUGACAUCGUCGACGAUGAGGAUGACGAAGAUGAGGAGGAGUAUGAUGAAAAUGAAGAAGACGACUCUGAAUAUGACGACGCAAACGAGGGCCAAGUAAAACACGUUGGCAACAAGAAAAAGCAGAAUCCCAAUGAUUGUCCUAACCAGUAAAAUAUCGAUUUUAAAAGCACAACUAAUGUUGUACCGAUAUUGUGUAUAUAAUUCAAAUUUAAUUUGAAAUAUAUUUUUGGUGGAUUCAAAUUAUAUAAAAGACAA